CUUCCUGGCCCACCUAGCAGUCGCUCGCCAUGUUACUCUUCUGUCCCACGUGUAGCAACAUGCUGCGCGUCUCGAAAGUCCCGCCCGGGGACCCUACAACCGAGGAUUACGUCGGCCAGAACCGCUUCGAAUGCCUAACCUGUCCGUACCACUUCGUCAUCCACAAGAGAUACUACGAGCGCAAGUACAUGAAGAAGAAGGAAGUGGAGGAUAUCCUGGGAGGAAAGGGCGCAUGGGAUAACGUGGAUAAGACGCAAGUACAAUGUCCAAACGAGAAGUGCAGGAAUGACGAGGCGUAUUGGUAUCAGCUACAGAUUAGGAGCGCUGAUGAGCCUAUGACUGCGUUCUACAAGUGCACAAAAUGCUCGAAAGAAUGGCGAGAGUGAUCUCUAAGUUCCUGCAUUGCAUUCGAGGAGUUUGGAAGCGAUAUUUCUUUUUGAUAUACCCCGGUUUGGCAAUAUUGACUACAUCUUCAUACUUCUUAUGUGCCAUCCCCAUUCCACUGCAUAAAUACCCCUGUCAACAUCAGUAACAUAAGCCUUGAGAAGGAGAUGAUCUGUGCGGAAAAAGGUACAAUAAUAGUGACUACGGGUUGAGUUUAUGGCAUGUGGAUUCAUUACCAGUCAUGCUACGCACGUAUGGGUCAUCUGUCAGUUCUACGAGAAGGUCUCAAAGGCUCCUCCAUCCUAGUUGAGCUACCGUUAGGUUCGUGAAGGUACUUGGGGUGAGGAAACGUUUGUGAUUAUAUUGAGUUGACAGUCCUACGAAAUCGAGAUAACUACUGACUAGGCCCUGUUACAAUAGAAGAUACACACU